AGAAGACUUCAGAGAUCCUACAAGAAAGAAGUAACUACAAGCUACAGGAAGCAAAAGAAGAAUUUUAUCAGAGGAAAAAUAUGGCUCUCGUUUUCAGAUUUCCAACCUAUCAUCCGUGCAAUUAUUACAACCGAGUGCCUGCAGGGUUCGACUUUUUCCACCAUCUGUGGAGGGAGAUCGCAUCGGCACAUGAACAAGAAGUCGGCAACCCUUACUGCCGUGAAAGACAGCAACAGUCUCACAAGGGAGCAGUGAAGAUCGCUUCUGUCCCGUUGAACCAGUUCAAACCUGAAGACAUCACAUUGGAAGUUGAUAGCGACAAGGUGACCUUACAUGGGCAGCAUCGCUCAGAGAGAGAAGAUGGAUUUGACACAAGCGAGUUCAAGAGAGUCUUUAAACUACCACAAGAUAUCGAUCCGACCACCGUAACGUCACGUACUACUCAAGAUGGCGGCGCCCUCGUUAUUGAGGGCUCCAAACUGGUGGAAGAGAAGGAGGACGACGGAAAAUUUGAAAUCAAGUUGGAUGUCAGCGGCUUUAAGCCAGAGGAGAUCAAGGUACAGAUCCGUGGAAAUGAGUUAAGUGUCAGUGGAAAACACAAAUCCGAAGACGGCGAGGUUUACCGGUCACGUGAUUAUAGUCGCCGCAUUGUGCUGCCUGAUGACGUAGUUCUUGGUUCAGUGUCGUCGCGAUUGUCAAAGGAAGGCCUGCUGACGAUUGAAGCAUCACGUGACCCCGCUUUGUUGCCAAGCGAGAGAGCCGUAAACAUUACCACGGAGACAGAUGAACCAGAGGACGAACCAAAACCCUCCACCAGCGGUGAAACAGCAGAAACUGAAGAGUAAUUCGAUCACUUAAGAACGAGAAGACCAAAAUGUACCAAUCGUAUUUGAUAAAUUUCAGUACAGCUAAUUCUUUCAUGUAAGGAAAACUAAGCCUUUAACUAGCACUAAAAUAGCAAAAACUUAAAAAGCGCGUAUUUGAUGUAUGGCAAAAGUAGCAACGUAAUAGAUGAGAGGUGUGAAGACCUUCAAUUUCUCUGUUGAAUGAAAAAUAUAGUCAAAACCAACAGUUAUGUUAUGAUUAAGUUUUCAACUAGAAUGUUUAUGAUUGUAAUUGAAUUGAAGAAAAAACUUUCAUAUUCAAAUAUUAAUGUAUUAUUUUUGAAAUUUUUACCGGGAGUAAUAGACUCUGAGCUUAUAUUUUUUU